CCGGCGGAGGCGCGCCCGGAGCGCAGCGGGGCCGGGGUCGGAGCGGGCGCAGGCUGGUUCCCCGAGGUGACACCAAGGUCCCCAUCGCCGGCAGAGGGACCAUGGCCAUGUAGUGCCCGCCGGGAGCGGAGAUGGCAGCGCAGAGGAUCCGGGCGGCCAACUCGGGAGGGCUCCCGCGCUGCAGGUCCGAGGGCACCCUCAUCGACCUGGGCGAGGGCUUCGCUGAGAGCGCGCUCUGCGACGUCAAAGUGCCUUCUCCCAGUGCCUUGCUGGUGGACAACCCCACGUCCUUCGGGAACGCCAAGGAAGUCGUAGCCAUCAAGGACUACUGCCCCACAAAUUUCACCACCCUGAAGUUCUCCAAGGGGGACCACCUGUACGUGCUGGACACGUCGGGAGGGGAGUGGUGGUACGCCCACAACACCACGGAGAUGGGCUACAUCCCCUCCUCCUACGUGCAGCCCGUCAGCCACCGCAACUCCUCCCUGACCGACAGCGGCGUGAUCGACAACCUGCUGGAGAGCCCCGACGAGGCCGUCAAGGAGUUGGACCUGCUCGGGGAGUGGACUGAUGUGAAGAGAAACUCUGCCAAAUCCUACCACAACAACCCCUUCCUGAACGGGGUGCAGACCAACCCGUUCCUGAACGGCAAUUCGCAAGCAGCGGACAAAGAGUCCGACUCCAGCGUGGCCGUGGAUUUGUUGCUCUUCGACACGGCGGCUCCCACGGCGGCUCUCCCCGGUUCGGCCGCCAACAGCAGCCUGGGGAACCUUUUUGAUGAGUUUCCCUCCACAAACAGGCUGGAUGUGGAGCAGCCCGUGAGGAGGGACAACCCCUUCUUCCGAAGCAAACGCUCCUACAGCUUGUCCGAGCUGUCUGUCCUCCAGGCCAAGUCGGACGCGCCGGCGUCGUCGGGUUUCUUCAGCGGUUUGAAGUCUCCCACCCCUGAGCAGUUCCAGAGCAGGGAGGAUUUUAGGACAGCCUGGCUGAACCACAGGAAGCUGGCUCGGUCUUGCCACGACUUGGAUUUGCUUGGCCAAAAUCCCGGCUGGGGCCAGACGCAGCCGGUGGAGACCAACAUCGUGUGCAAGCUGGACAGCUCCGGCGGGGCCGUGCAGCUGCCAGACACCAACAUCAGCAUCCACGUGCCCGAGGGCCACGUGUGCCCCGGGGAGACGCAGCAGAUCUCCAUGAAGGCCAUGCUGGACCCGCCGCUGGAGCUGAACAGCGACAAGUGCAGCACCAUCAGCCCCGUGCUGCAGAUCAAACUCAGCAACAUGGAGGUGAAGACCUUCAUCAUCCUGGAGAUGAAAGUGUCGGCGGAGGUCAAGAACGAUGCUGUGAGCAAGGGCCUGGUGGGGCUGCAGUGCCUGCGCAGUGACAUGAAGGAGGGGCCCUACACGCCGAUGCAGCUGAGCUAUUCCUACGGGGACACCAUCCAGGUGCAGCUGGAGAACCUGGAGCCCUGCAUGUACAUCGCGGCCGUGGCGCAGGGCCAGAACAUCCUCUACCCUUACACCGUGUGGGAUUACAUCAGCAAGAAGAUCACGGUGGGCGUCUACGGCCCCAAGCACAUCCACCCUUCCUUCAAGACCGUGGUGGCCAUGUUCGGCCACGAGUGCGCCCCCAAGACCCUGCUGGUCAACGAGGUCACCAGGCAGUGCCACAGCCCGGCUCCCGUCGCCCUGCAGCUCUGGGGGAAGCACCAGUUUGCCCUGUCCCGGCCCCAGGACCUCAAGCUCUGCAUGUUCUCCAACAUGACCAACUACGAGGUGAAGGCCAGCGAGCAAGCCAAGAUCGUGCGGGGCUUCCAGAUGAAGCUGGGCAAGGUCAGCCGCCUCAUCUUCCCGAUCGCCUCCCACGAUCCCAACGAGCUGUCGGACUUCACGCUCAGGAUACAGGUCAAGGAUGACCAGGAUGCCAUUCUCACCCAGUUCUGCGUCCAGACGCCGCAGCCGCCGCCAAAGAGCGCCAUCAAACCCACAGGGCAGAGGCGGUUCCUGAAGAAGAACGAGGUGGGGAAGAUCAUCCUCUCCCCCCUGGCUGCCACUGCCAAGUAUCCGGUUUUUCAGGACCGGCCGGUGUUGAGCCUCAAGUACGGGAAGCUGCUGAAGACGGUGGUGAGGCAGAGCAAGAACCACUACUUGCUGGAGUACAAGAAGGGAGACGUCAUAGCCCUCCUCAGUGAGGAGAAGAUCAGGUUGAAAGGCCAGCUGUGGACCAAGGAGUGGUACAUUGGCUACUAUCAGGGCAAAGUCGGCCUCGUGCACACCAAAAACGUGCUGGUGGUGGGGAAGGUCAAACCCAGCUACUUCUCUGGGCCGGAUCUCACCACCAGCCUGUUGCUGGAGCAGAUCCUGAGGCCCUGCAAGUUCCUGACCUACAUCUACGCCUCGGUGAGGACUCUGCUGAUGGAGAACCUCAACAGCUGGCGCUCCUUCGCUGACGCCCUGGGCUACCUGAACUUGCCGCUCACCUUCUUCUGCCGGGCGGAGCUGGACAGCGAGCCGGAGAGAGUGGCCUCUGUCCUGGAGAAGCUGAAGGAAGACUGCAACAGCGUGGAGAACAAGGAGAGGAAAUCCUUCCAGAAGGAGCUGAUGACGAUGGAAAUGUGUGACUUGCUCCAUGUCCUGAAAGGAAUCUGGGAGGAGCUGCCUGCCAGUAUUUCUGGGAUGCCGUUAGCAAGUAAAUCCCUCACAAAAUAUCAUCUCCACGAUCCUUUCCAGCAUUUCAUAGGAAGUGAGCCAAAGAAAAUACAGGGCAAAAUGUCUGGGAGAGAUUUGCAGCUCUCUCCCGUUCCGUGCUGUCCCACAGGAGCAGAGUAACUGAGUUAUGGAGAAGAGGAUGGUUUAAAAUGUCAAUUGGAUUAAGGAAUAGCGGCGGCCUUGCUUGGCAAAAUGAAAUUACGGCAAAAGGGGACUGGAGCUGAAUGGAGGAGUUCAGUUCCCACACUCCUUUUAGGGAGAAGGGGGGAAUUUAAGGAUUGAGUAGAAGGUGUUAUGAAGAGUAUGGAAUCCAUUGUUACUCAUGGAAAUGUUGUCUGGAGAGUUCCCCGUGCCUGGGUACCACUCUGGGGCCUGUGGGGCGACGUUGCAGCUCUGACUUUCAGCUUUCAGGUCGUGCCACCAACACUGCUUCUGUUGCAGAGUUCUCCUGGCCUUCAGUUACCCUUUCCUCACCCAGGACUGGAAAAUCCCCCCUGUUUCCCCCCCAAGGGAGGGUUUGCUCCUUAAAUCAUCAGGCUUAAUGAUUGUUGGGAUGAAAUCCCUGCUGCUCUUGCUGGAUGCUUCCCAGGACGUUUGCUUUACCUGUUUGCAAACCCCCUAGGUGUUGCUUUUAUCUCUCCCCAUUGUUUUCAGGGAUCCCAGGCAGUCUGUAGGUCAUGGAAAAUCCUCAAGUGGAGACAAAGGGAAAGAUAAGGCUCAGGGAGCUGCUGACUCAAGGGGAGGGCUGGGAGCUGCAGGAAAACAUCUUGCUCCCCUGUGGCCGUCAGGAGAGCAGAGUCCCAGGGCAGGUUUUAUUCUCCUUGUUUCUCUAAUCCUGCUCUCUGUGAGGCUGAGCCUGCGGAUAAAGGAUGAGCUCCCUUCUUGGUGGAACAUGAUGCUGCCUCCAAAACCCCUGGCUGCCAUCAAAUCCUCCUUAGCCUAUGGAGAAAUUAGAUUGAGCCUGUUGAAGAAAAUAAUGAUGUUUCAGAGGAUGGCAAUGGAGCAGUAAUGGAUUUUAUUGUGUUUAAAUCUGAUUUUAUUUGUAACAAAUGGACUGGCUUUCUGGCAAGGGGAGCCAGCUGCACUAAGCUCCAGUGUGGCCAUUUCAGCUGAAAGUUGGUUGUCUCCCCUCAGAAGGACUGGGAAGGCAGAAGUGGAAGCAGGUUUAUCAGUGUUGAGUACACAAAGCGCCAGUGGCAGAGUCGUGCACCAGCAGCCAAGCAAGGAAAAGCCUGGUCAUGAUGACUGGUUAAUCAGUAAUCUGCUUUUAAUUGCCACUUCUCUAAUCAGGCACUAGCACUGGAGUGUGAAGGAAACUCGGGGGGAUGUGGCUCAGGAGUUGCUCAGCAGAGAGGGAAAGCUCUCCCUCCCUCCUCUCUGCCCCUCGGAGGCAGGCAGCACACGGAUGGCUUGGAUAAAAAAGCUGGGCAUGGAUUCAAGAAGAUUUCAUUGCCCCUGGUGCCUGGCCCGUGGGGUUAGACCUGCCCUGAGACACAGCUUUUCUCCCUCCCUGGUUGUCAGAGAGACUCUCAUUUAUCAUCCUUCCAACAGACACUGCUGUUGGGAAAAACACGGGUCUGCUGGGAACAGCCCCUGGCACGGCAGCAGGGAGCUGUGCAGAGGAAACUCUGAGCUUGUUCUUCUCCAGGCAACUUGUAAAGGUCACACAGGAGAUGAGCUUGGGAUAUGUUUUUUUUUUUUUUUCCCCUCCCAUUGUUUUGUUUGCUCUGACUCCCGGUAUCCAGGUAUCCAUGUGCUGCUGCCUGGCUCCUGCCAAGAGUUUCUGCUUGUCCCUGGUGUGUGAAGGCCUCAGAGAGCUGCUGGGGAGCUGGAGCUGUCCUAAAGUCCUGCAGGUCAGGGUGUCCAUGGCUUUGGGUUGGAAAGGACCUUAAAGCCCAUCCCUUUCCACCCCCUGCCAUGGGCAGGGACACCAAGGAUGCUCCAAGCCCCAU